GCGGCCGCGCUCGCAUAUGUGAUGUGGAAGAUAGCCGUCAUAUUGACAAUACCGUACAGAUCGAGCAUCCGGCACCUACGAGGUCCGGCCGCAACAAGUUGGCUGUCUGGCAACAUCCAUCGAUGGCAGGUAGACGAUGCUGCCUGGAUUGCCACGUACGGCCCGACAUUUAAGUUCAAAGGCUGGUUCUGUGUGCACGCGCUCUACACACUGGACGCCAAGGCUCUGAACCACGUACUUACCCAUUCGAGCAACUAUCCGAAGCCCGGUACGGUCGCGUUCAUGUUAGGCAAAUUUUUGAGCGUCCGUAUGUGCGUUUCAGGAGCUUCCUUAUGUCCCUUUCCACAGAAUCCUGCAUUCUGGCCUGCACAAAUACGGGAACUGGAAAGCAUAUUUGUGGAGAAAGCGCACGAACUCAAGAACGUCUGGAAGGCCCGGACACUAAUGUCACAAGACGCCGUCACUAUAGAUGUGGCAUCCGACAUGAGCAAGACGGCUCUCGAUAUGAUCGGGCUCGCAGGCUUCAACUACCCGCUCAACUCGCUUGACGAGAGCGGCAAACCCAACGAGCUCAAUGCUGCCUUCACUUCGGUGUUCGGAGCCCUCACAGGAGGAGGACGCGGCACCGUUUACACCUUGCUGCUCCAUCAUAUGGUACCGCUGUCGCGAUAUUUGCCUGGCGAAUUCUCACGGCUUAGGGACGCUUCUCAGGAAGUGACGCGGCGGGUCGGGAUGCAACUCAUCCGAGAGAAGAAGGCAGAUGUCGUGAAGGCAAUGUCGAGCGGAAAGGAGUGGAGCGAAGUGCUAGGCAGUCGCGACCUGCUCACCUUGCUGAUCAAGGCGAACAUGAACAGCAACAUCCCAGAGCAUCAAAGGUUGUCGGACGAAGACGUACUUGCCCGUGAAUUCCUGAUCGCAGGUCACGAAACGACGAGCUACGGAAUGACAUGGUGUCUAUUUGCGCUCGCCCAGGUCCCAGAGGUGCAGCAGAAGCUCCGCGAGGAACUGCUCGCCGUCGAAACGGAGGCGCCGUCCAUGGACGAACUCAACGCGCUGCCGUACCUCGACGCGGUAGUGCGCGAGACGCUCCGCGUGCACCCGCCUGUGCGCCACACAGUGCGGGUGGCGCUCAAGGACGACGUGAUCCCGUUCGGCACGCCCUUCUACGACCGCCAUGGGCGGGUACAAGACUGCGUUAGGCAGGUGAUGCGGAAGGACAUGCAGGUGAUCAUUCCUAUCCAGACUAUCAACACGUCCGAAGCUAUCUGGGGAGAAGACACGUCCGAAUUCAGGCCCGAGAGAUGGGAGAUGCGGCCAGAUGCGGCCCAGUCUGUCCCGGGGGUGUGGGGCAACCUCAUGACGUUCUUGGGCGGACCACACGCGUGCAUCGGGUACCGAUUCGCACUCAUGGAGAUGAAGACGCUGCUUUUCGUCCUCGUGCGAUCCUUCACCUUCGGACUGGCGCUCCCCGCAGAAGAUAUCAUCAAGAAAUCCGCCAUCGUACAGCGGCCAUACAUCCGUAAUGCGUUGGAGAAGGGCAGCCAACUCCCGUUGCGUGUUACGUUGUACAAGCCAACCUAG